AUGGGUUUCGGUCAAAACAUGAAUCCUUGCUGUCGUCCUCCUGUUCCAAUUUGUCCCCCGGCUCCAGUUUGUCCCCCUCCUGUUCCAAUUUGUCCUCCGGCUCCAGUUUGUCCCCCUCCUGUUCCAAUUUGUCCUCCCGCUCCAGUUUAUCUUCCUCCUGCUCCAGUUUGUCCUCCGGCUCCAGUUUAUCUUCCUCCUGCUCCAGUUUGUCCUCCGGCUCCAGUUUAUCUCCCUCCUGCUCCAGUUUGUCCUCCGGCUCCAGUUUAUCUCCCUCCGGUUCCAAUUUGUCCUCCGGCUCCAGUUUGUCCUCCACCAGAACCAGUAUAUGUUCCAGUUUGCUGCUGUGUUGAACAAAUCUGCUGCGAUCCUUGUUUAGGACCACGCCGUGUUACUCAAUUUAUUCAAACGAUGGUUCGAGUACGAUAA